GUUUGCCUGUGUGUGUGUGUAUGUGUAAAAACAAUUGAAAAAAUAUACACACAAAAUUAUCCGGCAUAAAUUUUUUUAUUUAAUUCUAACAAGUGAUAAGCGUAAUACGAUAAGAAUCAAUGUCAAAACGUUCAAAGGAUGUCAUUAUUGAUGUGGCAUCAUCAAAAAGAAAACGUAAACAAUCUCCCAGUGAUACUAAAAAAAGAACUGUUGUUAAAAAGGAUGAGAUGGGUUGUUUACCAUCAAAAAAACGACGAGUUGAUCGACCAACUGUUACUUCUCCAUCAAGUAAAGUAAUUGAUUUAACAGAGUCUCCAUUGUCUGAUUCAACUCUUUCUGUUCGUAAAACUCGUACAGUACGAAGGAAACCAACAGAUCCACCACCAGAUCCACCAAAAUUUUCAUCAAAUUAUUCAAAACAACAUGUUACAAAUUCAAUUCGUUCACCAUCCUCACAAUCAACAGAGUCUUCAUCGAUUAGUUCAACCUCUGCUGUUCGUAAAGCUCGUACAGUACGAAGGAAACCAACAGAUCCACCACCAGAUCCACCAAAAUUUUCAUCAAAUUAUUCAAAACAACAUGUUACAAAUUCAAUUCGUUCACCAUCCUCACAAUCAACAGAGUUUUCAUCGAUUAGUUUAACCUCUGCUGUUCGUAAAGCUCGUACAGUACGAAAAAAAUCACCAGUUCCAUCAACCUCAUCAACAAGUGAUUCAGAACAACAUGUUACACCUUCAAUUUGUUUAACAUCCUCACAAUCAUCAGCAAAUGAUUGGGACUGUGUUGACUAUGUCAGUGAAUCAACUGGUAUCAGUAUUUCAAUUGCAAAAACUGUAAUUAAACUUUUAGAAAAUGAAAAUACUAUUCCUUUUAUUGCUCGUUAUCGUAGAGCUCAAACAAAUGAUCUAGAUGCUGACGAAUUACGUGCUGUAAAAGAUGCUUAUGAAAAAUCUAAACAAAUUAAAAAUAAAGCUGACAAUGUUAUUAAAGCCAUUGAAAAAGCAGGUAAAUGGACACCACAACUUCAUAAUUUUGUUCGUUCAGUUAAAUCAAUUAGUGAUUUAGAACAAAUUCAUUCACUUUACAAAGAAACAUCAAAACUUGCACUUGCUGAAAAAGCAAGAAAACUUGGCUUAGAAUCACCAGCACAAUCAAUCAUUAACGGUAUUAACGUAGGACAUUUUCGUAAUUUUAUAAAUAAAAAUAAAGAAGGUCUUCGUGAAGAAGAUGAAAUUAAAGAAAAUAUUGUUUGUAUAUUAUCUGAUAUUAUUGUCAAGGAUAAACAAGUUUUUGAUGAAAGAAUUAAACUUAAAGCUGAAAAUUUUCUACAAAUACAAACAAAAAAAACUAAAGAUGCUGAUAAGAAUGAAAAAUUAAAAACAUAUGAAAUGUAUCUUGAUUGGAGUAUGUCUGAAAAAAAUAUAAAACCACAUCAAAUUCUUGCAAUAAAUCGUGCUGAAUCUGAAAAAAUAAUAACAGUUAAAUACACUCUUCCUGAUCGUAUGGAAAGGUCAUUGUUAAAAUUUGUUCUAAAUUUAUAUCCAGCUGCAUCAAGAUUAUCCUUCAAUCGUGAAUUAUUAACAUCAGGUUUUAAUCGUGCUUUUAAAAAUUCAAUAAAACCAACAAUUGUAAGACGUACAAAAGCUGAAAUGAGUGAAAAAGCUGAAGAAGCAUCAAUAGAAUCAUUUGCUGUUAAUGUUAAACAAAAGUUACUAUCUGCACAAGUACGUGGUAAAAUUGUUCUUGGUGUUGAUCCUGGUUUUACUGCUGGUUGUAAAAUGGCUGUUGUAUCAGUACAAGGUGAUGUACUUGAAACAUCAACAAUAUAUCCUCAUAAAGGCGAUAAAUUAAAGCAUGAAGCAGCCAAUAUUAUUACAAAGCUUGUUAAAAAACAUCAAUGUGAUACUAUUGCAUUGGGUAGUGCAACUGCAUGUCGUGAAACUGAACAAUUUUUAUCAGAUUUAAUUGAUAGUGGUAAAUUUUUACCUAUUGAUGUUGUUUAUACAAUUGUCGAUGAGUCAGGUGCCUCAGUAUACAGCUGUAGUGCUGAAGCAAAAGCUGAAUUUCCAAAUAUGGAUAUCAAUGUUAUAUCAGCUGUUUCAAUUGCCAGAAGAUUACAAGAUCCACUUGCUGAAUAUGUUAAAAUUGAACCAAAAUCACUUGGCGUUGGUAUGUACCAACAUAGUUUACCAGAAAAAAAAUUAGCUGCAAAAUUGGAUGAAAUUGUUAUGGAAGCUGUUAGUUUUGUUGGUGUUGAUGUAAACACAGCAUCACAAUGUUUACUACGACGUGUUGCUGGUUUAUCUGAUAAAAAAGCAGCAAAUAUUAUUCAACAUAGAAAAGAUAAUGGUCCAUUUUUAAAUCGUGAAAUGUUAAAAAAAGUUAGUGGUAUUGGUCCAAAAACUUUUGAACAAUGUGCUGGAUUUAUUAGAAUUGUUCCUGAGACAGCAUCAACAAAAUUAAAUACUACAAAUAAUUUUAAUAUAUUAGAUCAAACAUGGAUUCAUCCAGAAUCAUAUGAAUUAGCUAAACAAUUUAUUAAAGCUUGUGGUGUUGAUUUAAAAAAUUUAGGAAGUCGUGAAUUUAUAUCUAGUGUUAAUAUAUUUGCUGGACAAGGUAUUGAUAUUCUUGCAAAACGUUUUAAUACAGAUACAAAAAAUUUAGAAGUUAUUAUAAAAAGUUUAACAAUGAAAAAAGGAGAAGAUAUUAGAGAACAAAAUGAUGCUCCUAUUUUUAGAAAAAGUGUACGAAGUAUUGAUGAUUUAACUGUUGGUUGUUUGUUGAGUGGAGUUGUUAGAAAUAUUGUAGCAUUUGGUGCUUUUGUUGAUAUUGGAGUUGGAAGAGACGCUUUAAUACAUUCAUCGCAUCUUAGGAAUCAAGAUUUAAGAAUUACCCAAAGAGUUGAUGUCAAAGUAGAGAAAGUUGAUAAAGAAACACAAAAAAUUGGUCUUAUUUUAAUAAAAGCCAAUUGAUUUUUCUUUUAUUUAUUUAAUUUUAUUUAAAUAGAAAUAAUAAUCAUCAACUUUAUUUUAAAUAAUUUAUUUAUUGCAUUUUUAAAAUCAUUUAAAUAUAUGUAAAUUAUUAAUUUUCUUUUCUAUCUUGAUGAAAUACUUGAGGCUUUUUAAAUACUCUAUUAUUUGUGUAUCUUUCAAUGAAAAUAUUUUACAAAAAUUUUAAUUGACAUUAAGUGUACACAGCUGCCUACAAAUGUAUUGUGAUUAAAAGAGAGGCCUUUUCAAAAUAAUUACCUCAACUUAAUUGAUUUUAAAAUA